AUGCCCUCACCUUUGCUGGCUUACGUGGAAUCCAGCAGCGACAGCUCCGAGAGUGACGACGACUUCAACCGUACUUCUGAAUCAACACAACUGGUUAUUAUAAAUAGUGUUCUCGACUUCAUGUGCAGCAUUGCACCAGAGGAGAUCUCCUUUUCAAGCAACAAGGAAGCUGUUGCAAGAGAAUUUGAAAAGGUUGCUGGAUUUCCCAACGUGCUUGGGUGUAUUGACGGAACAUACAUUCCAAUCAGGUGCCCGAACAACAAACUCAGAUCAACGUACACAAACAGACAUGACCAAGUUUCAAUCACCAUGCAAGGCAUAUGCGACAGCAAUGGGAGAUUUGAAGACGUUUUUACAGGCACCCCCAGCAAGAUCCACGAUGCCAGAGUCCUUAGGCUGUCAACAGUGAACGAGGAUCUGCCAACAAUCUGCCAAAUCAACCAGUACCACAUUCUUGGAGAUGCUGCCUAUCCAAUACGGGAACACCUUCUUACACCAUACAAAGAUUUUGGUGCCAUGACAGAUGCGCAGAUUGUGUACAACCACCGUCACUCUUCAACGUGUGCCGUGAUCGAGAACGCAUUCAGCAGCCUCAAACAGAGGUUCCGCCAGCUGCGGUAUAUUGAAUUCCAAACUGUGGACAAGAUAACGCAAUUCAUCAUUGCUUGCUGUACACUGCACAAUAUUUGCCUUGACGUUGGGGAUUUAAAUGUUGACGACAUCUAA